ACAUUCACAUUAGCUUGCACGUCUUUGAUAAUCUAAUAUCAAAAGCUCAUCUGUCAACAUGGCUGCCAAUUUUUAAAAGGGCUAUCCCCCUCUUUCUCCACCUUCUCCCCCAUUUCUUUUUUUCUCUUCACAUCACCAACUAAACCCCCUCUUAAUUAUCUUCUCUCUCACUCUGUCUUCUUGCUCUGAUCUCCUAUAAUCAUCAUGAUCAUCUUUGCCGGCAUCUAAAUAUCCGCGGUGAUUAAGGGAAUCCAUUUAUAUAUACAUACGUAUAUAAGCUUUGGUUGGGGCGGCUUCGAAGUGCAAUAAUGGAUAGUAGGUUCAUCAUCAACCCAUUAAUAUGUGAGCAAGAAGAAAAUGACAAUAGUACUCAAGAAAGUGGUCCAGAAUCAUCUCCUUCUAACGAUAUGAAGAUGGCUUCCACUUCCUCCCCAAAAAGAAGCAAGAAGGCCAUGCAAAAAAGAAUAGUCUCAGUACCAAUCAAGGACUUAGAAGGCCCAAGGCUGAAGGGUGAAAAUGCUUCACCACCGUCUGAUUCCUGGGCUUGGAGAAAGUAUGGCCAAAAACCCAUCAAAGGCUCGCCUUACCCCAGAGGAUACUAUAGGUGUAGUAGUUCAAAGGGUUGUCCAGCUAGAAAACAAGUAGAGAGGAGCAAGCUGGACCCAACAAUGCUAGUGGUCACCUACUCCUGUGAGCACAACCACCCUUGGCCACCUCCUUCUAGAAGUACCCACCACCACAACUCCUCUCCAAAACACAACACCACCAAACCUGAAGUCUCCGCAACCCAACCUGAAAACCCAGAAUCUGAACCUGAAGAAAAGUUCACGGAUCUUGGAAACGGCGAGCCGCUUAUAUCUAACACUACAACUUCAGAUGAGUUUUCGUGGUUUGGUGUCAUGGAGACAACCUCUUCAACUAUACUUGAGACGCCCAUUUUUGCAGAGGCAGAGGCGGAUGCUGACAUGGCAUCGAUGUUUUUCCCGAUGAGAGAGGAGGACGAGUCGUUGUUUGCCGAUCUUGGAGAGUUGCCGGAGUGCUCGUCGGUGUUCAGGCACCACCGGAGAGGUGUUGGACCACAGGUACAGACGUGCUAACGACACGUCGUUUAUCCAUGUGUUAUAAAAUUCAAAGGUGAGCGUUUGAUGACACCACAAGAUAACAAAAAAAGAAGAGCUUUUCUUUAAAAAAAGACGUUUUAGAUAAUUUAUUCUUAGGUUUUAAUAUUCCUUGCCUUGAAGUCAGUGAAGUAAGUGAAUAAAACUCCAAUUCUGAAAUCUGUCAGGAUCCUCUUGUAAUUAACUAAGCAUCAUUUGCCGUCGCAGAAUUGGAUUUUCAUUACCUUAUUCCGAGAAACAAUGUCCGAAUUAUGAGUUUAGUUGAUAACAAGGUAACCAUGCAUGAGUUAUGCAUA